GUGAGCGGUGACCAUAAGGACCACCAGAGAGUUAGAGGUGCGCAGGAACAAGCUUGAAAAUCUCGACAUGGAAAUGAACGCUAAACUCGUGCUCCCAAUCGUGAUCAUCUCCGCGCUGGUGGCUUGCAGUCCGACGCAGGCAUGGUACAAGCAGGUGGCUGGUCCAAGCUACUAUUCGGUGGGCAGGGCGUCCGGAUUGCUGUCCGGUAUCCGCAGAUCACCGUACAUCAGGAGAGCCGAGCCGGACUCCUCAGACAGCGACGAGCUGGCGACCAACAGCGUGUUUCCUGAACUCGCUCAGAACAAUUUCCUCCGAAAGACGAUGCCUGUUUGCAUCAAAGACAUCACACCCGACCUGCAGAGCUGUGAACUCUUCCAGGAAAGCAAGGGUUCGUUUAAGUGCAAAGCAGACGUCCUCCUCACACUGGACUCCGCAGACUGUGCAGGAGAGUGAGCCAUGAAGCCGACAUCUGGGCCGGAUGAUGAAGACUACUUAUUUAUAAAACUGUAGGCUAUCUCUCACUUUUAGAGUGAGCUUAUUUUGACGCCAUGUUGUAUUAGUUAGAAGACAUGCUAUUUUUAGUUUACCAUUUCACUUAUUUAUUAUACAAGUCUUUAAAACAUUAAUCUGUAAAAGUAAUGUAUUAAUGUACAUUUUUGA